AUGUCCUCAAAGCGACUGGCGCAGACAGUUCUGCCUAAAUCUCAAUGGACACCCUCCAAGCCCAUCACAGAGUCCAAGUCUACGUUUGUCGCCCACGUCGCCCCCGUGACGAGCCCCUCCCAGGCCCAGCUGUGCGUGCAGUCGCUGCUCGACUCGGACAAGCGCAUCCGUAACGCGACGCACAACAUCACGGCGUGGCGUAUAAGGGACGGAGGCUCGGGCAUCCAGCAUGCCGACGAUGAUGGCGAGACGGCGGCCGCGGCCCGGCUGAUGCAGUUGAUGCAGGCUAUGGACCUCUGGGACGCGGCCGUCGUCGUCACGCGGUGGUAUGGUGGUGUGCAGUUGGGGUCCAAGAGAUUCAGGCUGAUCACCGCGGUGGCGAGGGACGCAUUUGUGCGGGCCGGUAUGGCUGAGGGAAAGGAGAAGGAAGGCAAGACGAAAGGGAAGAAGAAGAAGUGA